AUGAGUAACUUUUGGGAGAAUAAUAAGGGAACUAUAGUAUCCGGCUUAGCUACUGCUGGUAAAUAUAGUUAUAAAGGGACGAAAGUUGUUGCAAAGGCUGGGUAUCAGGCCGGUAAGACUCAGUACAAGAAUUCACAGGCAAGAAGGAAGAACGGGCACGGUAAUAGCAACGGAACUGGUUCGGAUUCAGAAUAUUACGGUGAUUCAACAAGUUCGAUGUCUUCUUCUGUAAAGGAUCCUAGUAGCUUUCCACCACCACCGCUGAGAGCUGGCCAGAAACAGAUAUCUGCUGAUGGGAACGUUGUUGAAGCUGUGGAUGCGCCUAUAGUGUAUCAGAGUUCUCCAGUGGCUACGGGACAAAACCACGCAUCGGCUCAGACCAUGCCCAACCAACAGUAUUCCUACCAGAGGUCACCGCUGCCACAGCCUCCGCAACCACAACCUACAUACUAUAACCAAGCUCCUCAGGGACCUCAAGGACCUCAAGGACCUCAAGGACCCCAGGGACCGUCUUUAUACGGUAACCAACCUCCACAACCUCCUCAACCUCCUCAACCUCCUCAACCUUCAUAUGGUUACCAGGCUCCACAAGGCCCACAAGGGCCUCAGGGUCCGCAAGGACCUCAGGGACCGUCUCUAUUUGGUAGUCAACCUCCACAACCACCCCAGCCUCCACAGCCUCCACAGCCUCCACAGCCUGGACAACCCUCAUAUGGCUACCAAACUGGACAGGCACCUGCAGCACUUGCAGCACCACCAGAACCACCAGCACCUGCGGCACCACAAGCGCCUCCAGCGCCUCCCGCUCCCCAGGCGCCACAGCAACAACUUCCUGCAAGAAACUACCAGGUAAAUGACGGCACCAACCAAGCUCAAAUGUACUACGAGCAGAAAGCGUUCCAACCACAACCAAUUGCCAUGCAGUUCCAGCAACAACCACCUCCAGAGUAUCAACUUUCGUCAGGACAGCCGGAAACUCAGCAAUACUAUAAUCAACAGCAAGGUGCAUACCAGCAAAUGUAUCAACCUCAGGCUGUCCAACCACAGCAAUCUCAUCAACCAGUAAUGCAACAAUCUCCUUCCAUGGUUGCAGCUAGGCCAAAUCUUUCCAACAAACCAGAUUCGGAUCCAGUUAUGGGAGGAAACUAUGCUCAGCCGAACAAUAUAUCAUCGUCUUCAACUCCUUCCUCCAUAACGGUAAAACCUUACGUGUGGAUGGAUCCCGAGGAACGUAAAGAAAAGGAGAAAAUUGAACUACCUCAAGUUAAUCCAGAAGCUGUGAAUCUACCACCUCCGCUCCAUAGGGAUAGAUCUACGUCUUCAAGUUUACAAAGCUCAUCCAGAGAUGCAUCAGUUUUGGAAAGAGGGAAGUCAUCGUCACCAGGUGUGAGUUCAUACCAUUCCAGUCAAACUAGAGGCCCAGACAAUGAUGAAAAGAAGCCAACCGAGGGUAUUGCUGGAGUAUAUCAUGCAAGCAGUGUUUCAUUCCCACCUCCUCCAAAACCAACAUCCUCAUCAACUUUAUCACAACAAAAUUCUGGACAGCACAGUUCAUCGGGGAAAGUUCCUCCUGCAGUGCCAUCCAAACCUAAGAUAUCGCAAGGUCCGACGUAUAGGUCAACUGGAGUAAAUAAAUCGAAUGAAAACGCACCAAAGGCUGCUGUUCUAGGUGCUUACAAUUCAAAUGUGGAAGUUGGCUUUGCGCCUCCACCAAAACCUCACAGAGCUGUAGAACAGCAACAGCAACCUACUGCUGGGAGCAGCAGAGGCCCACCACCACCUGUUCCAGGUCGUAGCUCAGAAGUUAAUUCUACAAGUGCUAAAAAUGGUGCUGGAGCAGGUGCUAGAGGUGGUGCCGCUGGCGCUUACAAUUCCAAUGUGGAGGUUGGAUUUGCACCACCACCCAAACCACAUAGAUCUGUGGCCGAACCUCCCACUGCCACCAGGACGUCUGCAAUGCCUGCAGUUGGUGCAACCCCAGCAACUCCAGCCACACCGGCAACUCCGGCAACUCCAGCAACUCCGGCAACUCCGGCAACUGAGGCCACUCCUGCCAAUUCGGCAGCUGGUGUGUAUAAUUCCAACGUUGAUGUAGGAUUUGCACCACCACCGAAGCCAUACAGACGCGCACCCUCGCCCUCUGCUAGCGUCAGCACUACUAGCAGUGCGUCGAGUGGGUCAUUCAGGCAACCAAACACGACAACCACCCAGAACCCUGCCCUCCCAAGAAGACACACGACCCAAAAUUCAGCACCAGCACCAGCACCAGCGCCAGCACCACAAUUACCAAGCAGGACGUUUGAACCUCUGCCAAGAUACUCUACCAUUGAGUCCAUUCCACCGGUGUAUGAUGAUUUGGAGCAGGCGCUCCAAGCAAGAGGCGGUCCAGAAGGUGCUGGUCCAACUCCGGCUUCGAAAAAGACAGGGAAAAAGGCACCACCGGUCGUCCCCAAGAAGAAGGAUUCGCUACGAACCUCGACCAAUGGACCUCCUCCGGUUCCAGCAAAAAAGUCGAGUCUCUCUAGGAUGAGUACUACGUUUUUAGAUACUCCUAGUACUACUGGUGCCAGUGCUAGUGCUAGUGCCAGUGCCACUACCGAGGACCCAGACUCCGACGAUGACAUGAACUCAUUCAAAACGUACCUGAAAAAAGCGGUACCAGCGCAGAACGACCAUAUCCACAAGUAUUAG